AUGCUGUCGCCUGCUACUGGCGCGGGCGUCAGUCUGCUGCUCGUGGCGGUGGGCGUGCUCAUGUACCUGUCUGUGCAGCCCCAACUGCUGCCCACUGAUGCUACUGCCGCGUUGCGCAAGAAGAAGGCGAAGAAGAGCUCGAGCUGCACGCAGAAGAGCGACGAGCCCAAGCCCGUGCCGGUCCGUAUAGUGUAUGGCACGCAGAUGGGCGUUUCCAAGACGCUGGCCGAGACGCUGCAGCGGUCGCUAUUUGCGCUGAACAUUUCCGGCUUUCACUUCCAGACGAGCGUGGUGAACAUGAGAGACUAUGACCAGGACAACCUGGAGCAAGAGACCAUUGUGGUGGCGAUUCUGUCCACUUGGACGCAUGGCAAGCCGCCAGAAGAUGCGCGUGUGUUUUGCAACUGGAUCACGGACAUGACGCAAGACUUUCGUGUGGCCAAGUCCUGGCUCAGCCAUGUGCCGCACGCCGUCUUUGGGUUGGGCAAUGCAGAAUAUGAUGAUGACUACGCUACAGCUGCGAAAAACUUGGACCGUGACCUGAGUGAUCUGGGCUCACCGUCGUUGGUGGCCUUGGGUCUGGGCGACGAUAAUGUCGAUCAGCUCAAGCAGUUUGAUGUUUGGAUGGACAAUUUAAUUGCUGCAAUGUGCGAGUACAGCUCAGAGAAGGCGGUGGCUGCAUUGAACAAAGAUGGAGCUGAAAGGAAGGCUGCUGAUACAGCUGGAAAGAAGGAGUGGCUGUCGCAGAAGGAGUUUCGCCGUCUUAAGAGAGCUGGAAAGGUGGAAGCAGCCGCGGCAAACGGAGAAAGCGUGGAGCCUAACGAGGAAGAUCGUAUGAAUGAGCAGUUUCUAGUGGAUGAGUUUUCCGACGAUGAAGAGCAGAAGGAGCAAAACACCAGCGAUGAAAGUGGUAUGGUGGAUGUGGAGGAUAUAGGAAAGUCGAUGAAGGAGUCCGAGGCUGCGAAUAUGUCGCGCGAAAUGGUCACUCCGAUGCAACGCAAAGCGUUGACAAAAGAGGGAUACAAGAUCAUUGGCACGCAUAGCGCUGUGAAACUUUGUCGCUGGACGAAGCACCAACUACGUGGACGAGGUGGCUGCUACAAGCACGCAUUUUACGGGAUUACGAGCUACCAGUGUAUGGAGACGACACCUAGUCUAGCAUGCGCCAACAAAUGUGUCUUUUGCUGGCGUCACCACAAAAACCCUGUUGGUCGUGUCUGGCGGUGGAAGAUGGAUGAUGCCGAGACACUCGUGAAGGGCUCUAUUGAGCGCCAUCAGAGCAUGAUCAAGGAGCUGAAGGGACUUCCUGGAUUGAUUCCUGCACGAUGGAACGAAGCGUUUAAUGUGCGUCACUGCGCGCUGUCCCUCGUGGGCGAGGCCAUUAUGUACCCACAGAUCAAUGAGUUUUGCAGGCAGCUUCACAAUCGUCACAUCUCGUCCUUCCUGGUUACGAAUGCUCAGUUUCCCGAAAAGAUUGCUGCACUCGACCCGAUCACGCAACUAUACGUCAGUGUCGACGCUGCCACGAAGGAGUCACUGCGCGCUGUCGAUCGCCCGUUGUUCAAAGACUUUUGGGAGCGAUUUCUUGCGUGUCUGGAAGAGCUCAGGCACAAGGGGCAGCGCACGGUGUACCGUUUGACGUUGGUCAAGUCCUACAACAUGGAAGAGCUCGAUAAUUACGCCGAGCUCAUCAACAUUGGCCAGCCUGACUUUAUCGAGGUGAAGGCCGUAACAUACUGCGGAAAGUCGGAUGGGUCUACUUUGACCAUGAAGAACGUGCCGUGGCAUGAGGAAGUGCGCAGCUUCUGUGCAGCUCUCUGUGAUCGUGUAAGUGGGGACUACGCGCUAGCAUCGGAGCACGCACACUCGAACUGUGUGCUGAUUGCGAAGAAGAAGUUUUGUCGUGACGGAAUGUGGCACACUUGGAUUGACUUCUCGCGCUUUAAUGAGCUCGUCACGAAGUUCUACGAAGACGGCACGCCGUUUACAGCGGACGAUUACACGGCCCCUACGCCACCUUGGGCAUUAUACAACUCGAAGGAGCAGGGCUUUGACCCCGUCGAAACGCGCUUCCGUCGUACGAAAGAUGGGAAGGUUGUUGAGUUUGCCUACCAGUCGACGGAGUCGGGAUGUGGCUGA